AUGGAUUCCUGCUCCUGGAAGUUGAUCGGCACUUCUCCAAGCUCAAACUGGCCUCCAAUGGUGAUGAAGAUCAAGCUAGGGCACUUGGAGACUCUUGUUCGUCACUUUCUCUCUCUAGGAAUCGCUCUAUCUUUCUCAAAACUCCAAUACCCUUCUGUUUUGGCUGAAAUCUGCUUAAAAGGGCAUCAGUGGCCAAAGCACGGUCGAGGGCACGGCCGUGUAAUGCCUCAGCCCGCCCGUGCUUUGGCUAGGGUUAAUUACAUGGCCAUUGUGUUGGGAGAAACACGGCCGUGCUUUUGGGAGGACACGGCCGUGCUUUGGUGGACACGGCCGUGCUUUCAGCCCGUGUUUGCAGCUUGA